AUGUAAUUAAGAGAAGUAAUUUGUUUUCGCAGUGUAGUCUGUAGUUUUUUCGGGCAUAUUUUUUUUCGCCGUGUGAUUUUUCCAGCGGUAGUUUGCUCCCCCGAAUUUAGAGGAUUUUUCUAAGGACAGCAGUGCGCAGGGACAGGAUGAUGGCAGGCAUUGGUCGCAGGCAUGAGCCAGACGGAGAACUGGGUGGUUUUGUCUCUCGGGUGGUUUUGAUGUCGACGUUUUAUCCUCGGUGGCAUCCUCUGUGUUUCGGACACGGGUACGAGUUGAAUUGAGGGUUACAAUAAUCACGACGUGCACUGAGGAUAUGGUAUUGAUGUGAGUGUGACGGCUCCUGGAAAAAUAUAUCAGUGAGUGGAGGUCAGGGGAGAGCGAUAUCGUGGGGGUGAAAUCGAGGGAUUUGAUGGGUCCUCUUGGACGACGCUGUCCUCAAUAUCUGAACCACGUGGAUCUCUGUGUUCUUGGGUGAAUGACUGUGGGAAAGGGGAUGACUCGAGUCUGAUGUCAUUCAGCACUGCGAGAGAUCUGGAGGAAUAAUUGUAGUAAUUCUGGAGGAACGAUGGAAGCAGUAACGGAGGAAUGAUAGGAUGCAAGAGGGUAGUACGGCCGUGGCGCUAGCAAUGGUGACUCCUGGCUACGAUCAGGACCCUGCAAGCGGGGUUGCCGAUUACACAGCGCACCAGGAUCAGGCACAAUUCGAGGCUGACAAAAGGGCUGUAUACAAGCAUCCAUUAUUUCCCCUCCUAGCAUUACUCUUCGAAAGAUGCGAGCAGGCAACCCAAAGCUCCGACAACUCCACCUCCGAAAGCUUCAACAUGGACAUCCAAGCUUUUGUCCAGCACCAAGAAAGAGACCGAAAGCCAUUUCUGAUAAAUGACCCCGAGAUUGACGGCUUGAUGAUCAAAGCCAUUCAAGUCUUGCGGAUUCAUUUGCUGGAGUUGGAGAAGGUACAGGAAUUGUGCAAGGAUUUUUGCAACAGGUAUAUUGGCUGUCUCAAGGGAAAAAUGCAGAGCGAAAAUUUAUUGAGGAGCGAUUACAGCCAUCAUGGCCACGACAUGGGACCCUCCAGCGGCAGCAAUGGCAGCAGUCCACUCCAGGUGCUGUCAUCUACAGGCAAUGAUGUUGAGCCGGGAACUAACGGACUCGGAGUAAGCAGAGGUGAUGCACUGUCGGAGAAUGGGAGUACAUUUAGCCAGGGUGCACUGCAGAUUGAUGGUAGCAUCGUGGAGAGGCCACCAAGGUCAGCAUCAAUAGCCCAACACUCGGUGAGAUCUGACAGCCAGGACCAGGAGGAUCCACCAUCACCCUCGACAGUCCACGGUAGCACACCCCUCUCACAAAUUGGUGCUCAUCCCUGCUCCUCUGUCAGUGAUAUGUACCUGGGUCAAGAUCCUCUCAUUGAUAAAGACGUGUACUUGAACGAUAGAAUUUACGUUGAGGAGGCUGGCUAUUGGGGGCUUGUACCACUUCAGGAGAGGGAGAAUGAGUAUGGGGAUGUCUGUCAUACUAACUACGAUAAAUAUUUCGACAUCACUGUUGCAGGCUCACCCUCGCCUGCUGAUAGUGGGGACGAUGAGGAGGGAUGUAAUGCCUCGUCCAGUCAUUCUGGGGCAAAUGGUAGCAGAAAGGGGGGCAGACAGAAACGGGGGGUUUUACCCAAACAGGCCACCAGCAUCAUGCGGGCGUGGCUCUUUCAACAUUUGGUUCAUCCAUACCCUACGGAAGACGAGAAACGUCAGAUAGCGAGUCAAACGAAUCUGACGUUGCUCCAGGUGAACAACUGGUUCAUAAAUGCCCGUCGACGUAUACUCCAGCCAAUGCUGGACGGUGCUGGCGCCGAGGCAUUGCCACGCACUGGUAAACGCAACAAAGUAAUGAAACACGUUGUGCAACCUCAGUACCACCUGCAAUCGGUGCAACAAAAUUCUGGAUCACAUCAGUCGUCGCAACAGGGACAACCAAGUGGUUGGCCAUCGGACGAUUCAGCGAGUGAUUCAGGCUCGAGUGAUGGUGAUGGAGGUGCCAGAUCAAAGUAUGACAAUGACAGCGACGAGGACGAUAUUCACUGACCUUUGCCCUACAAAUCGACGUCGACCUCAUCGUGGUACCUUCGUAACCAGUUGCUCAUUACAGUAUUAAGGUAUUCGAGGUUAGAUAUCGCUUUAACUGUUAAAUACGUAAUCAUUCACGCGAUUAUCAGGGGUACGUCGAGCCAAGUUGUCACGCUCUCGUGUGGGCGACACUCGGUGUCAUUCGGUUUAUUUCUGUUAUCGUGAGCAAAACCUCGUGCUCCAAUCUUCAUUCAAAGUUUAUUUUUUCUACUGUUUUCAAUUAUUAUGCUGAAGCUUCCUAAAAACUUCCAAUUACGUCGAGCGUAGAUCCAUUAAUUGCGAAAAUACAUCCAUCAUUUUUUACCUCAGGACUCAAUGCAAUGUGGCGAAUUAUUUUGAUUGUCACCCAGCCUCGGUUUUAUCGCGAUAUCUCUGGAUCUAUGGGAAAUAUUUUGUAGAUCUCAUUAUGCUUCACAGAAAGUUCCUUAUAACAUCUUUUGCUGGCUCCCCCAGAUUCCGAGAUACCACUCUUGCCACAGAGCAAUUGAUUAAAUAUUUAUUAACGAGUAAUUAGUGCCAUUGGAGAGCGUGUCGACGUUCAACGUAUAGUCUUUGUUCAGCUCUGCAUCGUCGUGACGUAGCAAAGUGCUGUCCCUCCAAGAUAAUAAUAACGAUAAAAAAAAAUAAAAUUCAUGGAUUAAUAUAACUCAACUUAAAAUUCAAAAUAUAACAAUUAUAUUUUUAAACUCUACGUGUCGUCUCGAUGCAUGUGCCGCAGCGGUAAUUUUUUGUCAAGAGGCGCAACGGUACUUGCUGUACAUAAUUAUAUACCGAGCGUUUAUUAGGAAUUUAAAGUACAGAAAUAUGAAAAAUUAAAUAAUAAACGACAGGUUUUUAAGACUAACUGCGAAAAACAAAAUUUGAAAUAAUAUUAAUACUAUUCAUAACGAUAGAGAAUAAUCGAGAUAAUUAUUGUAAUGGCGAUUAAUUCACUGAUAUCAUUUUAUCCAGAUAUUCAAAAUUAUAUAUUUUCUUUCAUUGUCAUUGCGACAUUGCCAUACGCACGCAGAUUAUUUUUAAAUUAUGAAAAUGAAAGAGUAUGCGCUGUCUGCAAACGAUUGCCUCGAGUUUUUCUUGAAUUAAUAAUCAACAGUCCGUCCAGUGCGGUUCAAUGUUUUCCAAUUAAUUUCGUAAUUGAUCAUUUCCCCGGCUGUAGAUGGUCAAAUGAUAUUUUUGAUAUUCUUCCCCAGUGGUCUGCGUACUGUGGCUUUUCAUUGGUAAUUUAUGCUGUUAAUGAGGCGGUAAAAAUUUGUUUGGAGACAGUGGAGACAGUGAAUUGCACGGAAAUUAUGUUUAUUUCAUCUGCUAUUGAACGAACGUACAACGAACUCUGUAAUGUCCGUUGCAGUGUGUGCGCUGUAUUCGAUUAUACAGUUAUUGAUUCAUGGGGGUAGGGCAAAUUAUUUGCGUCUUGUUGAUUGUUUAAUUAUCUCGGUGAUGAGUGAAUUAACGAGGAAAUGACGUAUCCCUCAGAAAUAAAUUCGUUCGACCAAAAAAAUUCCGACUUAAACUCCCUCUUCAAAUUCUUAUCCCCAAAAUUUCAAUUGCCGUUAGAAAUCAUCAAGAUCAUUUUUUCCUCACAAUUUCCGAUUUAUCUCGAGAACUAUCGAUUUAACGUAAACAAAUGAGAGGACCUUUUUCGUAGCUGAUGAAAUCUUCAACGGAAAAAGUCUUUUAAUAUUUUUAUCUAAAAUCCGUCGUUUCGGAGAUUAAUCGAUAUUUAUCGGAAGCGACUCAUUUACUUCGUUAAUGAAUUUAUCACUGGGACAAUUGCGUGAUUGACAGUCGUAGCAUUUGAUUCAGUCGUUGUCCCCUACCCCUGAUUGAUUCCUCACUUGGAGAAAAUAAAGAAACACGACGAUUGAAAUACGAACAUGUAAAAGUAUAGGUUUUAAGGCUGAACCAUGUAUACGUAUGUGCUGCGGCACCAGACGACUGUGAUAGCUCGGUGGGCGGUGCCCGGCCUCCCAAUUCACAUUGCACAUUGAUUAAAACAAAUUACUGCUCUACAUUACCCUGAGUAACGAAUGAAAUAAAACAAUGAUUAGUAAAUAAAGUGCAAAGUGGCACUAUGAGUUGACUGAUAAAAAUGUAAACAUAAUUCACUGAAUGACAGCUCUCGAUUGAGUUAAACCCCUCAACGCCCAAUGAUUCAGAAUUAUUUGAAUAAAUACUGGAGCACUACCUUGAGAUCUUUGAUAUUAAAUUGAACAGGCAAACAACGUGUGGAGAAUAAUUGCCAUAAAUUUUUCAUUUUGGUCAAUUGAUUUGAAAAAAUUUCACUUUUAAAUCCGUUAAUUCAUCGUAUCUUCCAAAAAAAUAAUGAUUCCCUGUUGUAUUUAGUUUAUUUGAUCACUGUUUUAUCGAAUGGUGUAUUGAAAUGCCAGACUUCUGUCGACACCUGGAAUCGAGGAAAAAUCAAAUUGAAGAUGAAUUAUAGAGAAUUGAACAAAUUUUUUCAGAAUAAUACUAUACGAUAUGGAAUUAUUAAUAAAUAUACCCUACGGAUAAAUGCAUUGCGUAAUUGAUAAGACAAGAAUAAUUGAUUGCACGAUGAUUAAUUGGAUAAUUAUGUUCCUCGUGUACAUCUCUACGCCAUGUUAAUUAAGUUUAUCGAUAAUAAAUGCCAUCACGCUUGCAAUGAAGUUGGUUUACUAAUUUGGAUUUUCUACUCUUGGAUUGAUAUAUUUAGAAAUCUAUCAGUUUAAUAGCACGACAUUUGCAAAAAACAUUGUUCAUGGAUUUAUUAAUAAAAAAGGAAACAAAGUCGUACAGUAUAAUUA